UAAUGUAUCAUUUUGUAGGCAGAUGAUCUGAUGUUUCCAGCGUUUGCAUACGGCCUAUAGCGUAUGCGGUUCGUUUGUUCCCUUUUUGGGUUUUGGAAAAGCGGAGCUUCUGGAGUAGCUUCUGAAGGCACCAUGGGAAAAGAGGGGAAAAAAAGGAAAAAAAAGAGGAAGAGCUCCACGUCGUCUCCUGCAUCGUAACGGGUCCGGUCUGGUCCGGUCGAGUAAUGUUCUCGGCGUGUCCACUUAUUCCAAGAAGCGGGUAAAUGUGUUCAUAGUGGCUGGGAAAACUGACAUAACAAACAUUCCUGUUUUGGAUAAAACGGAGAGGACUAAACAAAAACAACAAAAAGAUGGAGCUGGAAGACGGAGUUGUGUACCAGGACGACCCGGGGACAUCAGCGAUGAUGUCUGAGCGGGUAUCGGGCCUGGCUAACUCCAUCUACCGCGAGUUCGAGAGGCUCAUCGGGAAGUACGACGAGGACGUGGUGAAGGAGCUCAUGCCGCUGGUGGUGGCCGUCCUCGAAAACCUCGACUCGGUGUUCGCGGAGAACCAGGAGCACGAAGUGGAGCUGGAGCUGCUCAAAGAGGACAACGAGCAGCUCAUCACCCAGUACGAGCGCGAGAAAGCGCUGAGGAAACACGCAGAGGAGAAGUUCAUUGAGUUUGAGGACACGCACGAGCAGGAGAAAAAGGACCUGCAGAACCAUGUGGACAGAAUGGAGUCCCACUCACGGCAACUUGAACUCAAGAUCAAGAACCACACUGACCAGAUCGGAAGGUUAGAAGAGCGAGAGGUGGACCUCAAGAAGGAAUACAACUCCCUCCAUCAGAGGCACACAGAGAUGAUCCAUAAUUAUAUGGAGCAUGUUGAGCGGAUCAAAAUGCAGCAGACUGGUGAGACGUCGGAGCCGAGCGGUAUCGGCCGAGUCCGGAGAGAGCGUCCUCUUUCUUUGGGUAUCUUUCCAACAUCCGGCGGUGGGUCUUUGCUAAUUCCGGAUUCCCAGACCCGUGCAGUGACACCAAGCGCAGAGGCCUGGAGGUUCACCGAUGCAAACUCACAAACUCGGUCCACCAGCAGCCUCCAGCAGGACUUUGCCAGCCCCCCAAAGGAAAGGGGGGGUAAGAGUGCGCGAGACUCUACUUGGGGGAGUUCACUGGCUGACGACUGCAAGGAUGAGAUGUCGGACUUCACUGGCUCUAAGUCGGCCACUCCGAUGUCCACUACUGCCUCAGAAGUUGGGAGGGAAGAUGGGAACAGUAAGAGCACAGAGGUGCAAGCUGCACCAGGGACCAGAUCUGUAUCAGUUGGGUUACCUGAUAAUGAAGACAGCUCAGACGUGCAGGACAUAAUUGAGUCCACACCUGAGCUGGACAUGGAUCUGACUGGCUACAAGGGAUGCAGUACUCCGACCAAAGGGAUUGAGAAUAUGGCGUUUGACCGCAACACAGACUCUCUGUUUGAAGAGCUGUCGUCUGCAGGCACAGGGCUCAUCGGGGAUGUGGAUGAAGGUGCCGACCUGCUGGACCUUAGUUUGAUUGGUAUGGGCCGGGAGGUGGAAAAUCUCAUCCAGGAGAACUCCCAACUGCUUGAGAGAAAGAAUGCCCUGAACGUGGUGAAUAAAGACUUGAUAUUGAAAGUGGAUGAGCUGACGUGUGAGAAGGAGAUGCUUCAGGGCGAGCUGGAGGCCGUGCAGCAGGCCAAGACAAAGAUGGAGGACAAAAACCGAGAGUUGGAGGAGGAACUCAAAAAAGCGCGACUCGAGAUGGAGGAGGUGCUACAGAAAACAAAAGAAGAGGAAGAUAGCGACGUACCUACAGCCCAGAGGAAACGCUUCACCAGGGUGGAAAUGGCCCGAGUGUUGAUGGAAAGGAACCAGUACAAAGAGAGACUGAUGGAGCUACAGGAAGCUGUGCGGUGGACAGAGAUGAUCCGGGCCUCUAGGGAAAAUCCUGCUCUUACAGAGAAGAAGAAAUCCAGCAUCUGGCAGUUCUUCAGCAGACUUUUUAGCUCCUCCUCCAGUACCCCUGCCAUAAAGAAGAUGGAGCCCCAGUCCCACGUAAAAUACAACACUCCAGGCAGCAUGGUGAAGCGAAGCAGCACAUUCUCCCAGUUCCCCACAGAGAAGUCCAAAACAUUCGACUUCCUCAAUGAAGAAAAAGACCAGUGCAGUUCACCGUCACGCAAAGAGCAGAAGCGAGCCCAGUACAGACAGGUGAAAGCUCACAUGCAGAAAGAGGAUGGUCGAGUCACUGCACAUGGCUGGAGUCUGCCAAGCAAGUUCAAGGGGCCAAAUGGUGGACAAACGGAGAACAAAAUUAACCUGCCUGUGCCCGUGUAUUUGAGACCUUUGGAACAGAAAGAUGCUUCUUUGAAGCUUUGGUGUGCUGCUGGCGUCAACCUCUUUGGGGGGAGGACGUCACACCCCUCUGAGCUUGCAAAGCAGAUGAAGGGAUCUCAGAGUAGCCUGGACCAUUUGGAACAAGAAAACAAGGAUCAGGAGAAAGUUGACGAGUUGAUCCUUCAGGAUGAAUUGUCUAGUCGGGUGUGGGUGUGCACCAGCACCCACUCCUCCACCAAGGUCUUUGUGGUGGAUGCUGCUCAACCGUCUGACCUUGUUGACAGCUUCUAUGCCUGCAACACCCACGUCGUUUGCAUUGCCAGUGUGCCAGGUGUGUCAGAGUCCGAUUAUCCAGCCGGUGAGGAAGUACCUCAAGACAUGGAUGCAAACCAGGGUGACGUGGUCUCACUGGCCGGCAGCGUGGCCAGUGUGGGCUCAACAGGCAGCGAUGGUACCCUGGCAGCUGAGGGGACCACCGCCAUCCCCCAGACAGCCAGCAUAGGUGGCCUCGACCAGCCAGCGGAACACAGCGCCGUCCCUGGCUCUGUGUCCACAGCUGAGCUGUCCAGGCAGACAAGCCGAGCGGAAGUUCCCACUGCUGAAGAGGCGACAGAGGCGACAGAGGCAAAUGCUGGCGGGAGCGAAGAAGGAGAGGAGGACCAUGGACCUGAGCAAAAUCAGCCUGGAAUCUACACAGAGCAUGUUUUCACUGACCCACUGGGGGUUAGGCCUGAUGAGACCUCACCUACCUACGUACAAAGCGGCUCUGUGACGUCCUUGCCAGAAGACUCUGACCCCUCAGCUCUGGAAGUCAAGAGGAUCAGCAGUGACCUCCCCACCAUGUGGCUGGGAGCUCAGAAUGGAUGUCUGUAUGUCCACUCGUCCGUGGCGCGAUGGAGGAAGUGUCUUCAUGCCAUCAAACUUAAAGACUCCAUCCUCAGCAUUGUGCAUGUUAAAGGCAGAGUCCUGGUAGCACUGGCAGAUGGAACAUUAGCAAUUUUUCACAGAGGCAUUGAUGGGCAGUGGGACCUUACCAACUACCACCUGUUGGAUCUGGGACGACCCCACCACUCAAUCCGCUGCAUGACCAUAGUCCACGACAAGGUGUGGUGUGGCUACAGGAACAAGAUCUAUGUCAUCCAGCCCAAAGCCAUGAGGAUAGAGAAGUCGUUCGACGCGCACCCACGCAAGGAGAGUCAGGUUCGACAGCUGGCCUGGGUUGGAGAUGGCAUCUGGGUGUCCAUCCGACUGGAUUCCACACUUCGAUUGUUUCAUGCGCACACCUUCCAGCACCUCCAGGACGUGGACAUCGAGCCCUAUGUCAGCAAGAUGCUCGGCACUGGUAAACUGGGUUUCUCUUUUGUGAGAAUCACAGCUUUGGUGGUGUCCUGCAGCCGACUCUGGGUGGGGACUGGAAAUGGCGUCAUAAUUUCCAUCCCGCUGUCUGAAGCCAACAAGACUUCAGCAACGGUGCCAAAUUGGCCUGGCGGUGCUGUACGGGUUUAUAGUGACGACGGUGCAGAGGGCGCCCUGCCAGCUAGCUUCGUGCCGUACUGCUCCAUGGCCCACGCCCAGCUCUGUUUCCAUGGACAUCGAGAUGCUGUCAAAUUCUUUGUUACUGUGCCAGGUCAGGCUAUGCCACCUCCUGGAAGUGCCGAUUCGGGCUCUGAUGAUCCUCCGUCUGAAUCCUCAGACACAGCCGCGUCGGAGCCCAAAACGUACCUGGUGAUGAGUGGAGGAGAGGGCUACAUUGACUUCAGAAUGGGUGACGAAAGCGGAGAGCUGGACGGCACGUCCGAGCCGACGUCGGGCCAGCAGUCGGCGCCGACCAAGGCUGAGCGAAGUCACCUCAUCGUCUGGCAGGUGGCGACCUCUCUUGAUUGAGAAAACGCCACUGUCCCGACAUCCAUUGCCCUUCUACCACACCACAGCCCGCAUGCGCAACUUCAAGUUUUUUAAUUGGAUAGCAUUCUUGAGUCAUUCACUACUUUGUAAAAAAAAAAAAAAAAAAAAAAAAAAAAAAAAAACAAACAACAACAAUUAUUUUUUAUCAGUAUUUUUUUGUACAGUUUAUUCCUAAAAUCAGUAUGGACGUUCACUAAGUUAAGCAAUACGUCCAAGAACUCCCUUCGUUGGGGCUGCAGGUUGGAAACGCUGUUGCACACAGCUAUGACAGGGUUGGACGUUUUGAUGAGGUCAACUGUGGACGUCACGCUGGAGGACGCGCAAGACGUUCCUGCAGACAUGGAAAGAAAGGGAGAAGGAACUUCUUGUUUGAUCUGACCUAUUAUUUCAUAUUAUACAUGUUAAGACUUUUGACAUUUGUAUACCACAAAUCUCUGUGUGAGAGCUCAGGUGUGUGUGUGUGUGUGUGUGUGUGUGUGUCUUUACAACUCAGUCCACUGACAGUAGUGCAUUUAGCUUAGGGGUUCUCAAACUGUGCUUGGUGAGCCGUAGCUUGGGGUCCAUGAAAUAAAUUGCAAUAAAUUAUUAUAUCAGUUUGUAAAAAGUACAAACCUGCAUAAUGAGGACCGGCAUGCCAAUAAAACAAACAUAAUAAACCCUUCACUCCUCCCUACAUUAGCUCUGAGGCGGUUUAAAGUUCUCAUAUGAUUGUGUCAUCAGUCACUUGGCACGCAGCCUAUAGCUACCAACGAUGAAUAAAUAUUUAAAUACUCUACAUUAAGUGGUGUUAAAUCCACUGACUAAUCUUGUAAAUAAGAAUAAUUAGAUUGAAAUGUUAAAAUUUUGUGGCGGCACGGUGGACGACUGGUUAGAGGUUCUGCCUCACAGUUCUGAGGACCGGGGUUCAAUCCCGAGCCCCGCCUGUGUGGAGUUUGCAUGUUCUCCCCGUGCCUGCGUGGGUUUUCUCCAGGCACUCCGGUUUCCUCCCACAUCCCAAAAACAUGCAUUAACUGGAGACUCUAAAUUGCCCGUAGGUCUGAAUGUGAGUGUGAAUGGUGGUUUGUUUAUAUGUGCCCUGCGAUUGGCUGGCAACCAGUUCAGGGUGUACCCCGCCUCCUGCCCGAUGAUAGCUGGGAUAGGCUGCAGCACGCCCGCGACCCUUGUGGGGAUAAGCGGCUCAGAUAAUGGAUGGAUGGAUGUUUAAAUUCAAAAUAAUUCCCAUUGCAUCUAAGGGUACACCAGGUAGUUACAGUAUGUUUAAUUGACAUAAGGAUUAUUGGGGGGUCUUCAGAGAGAAAAAACCAAACAAACAGUUUGGGAACCCCUGAACUCCACCUUUUAACUAAUGCUGCAAUUGAUACCCUGUGGAAGCGUACCAAAUUUGGUAUAUAACAGAUUUUGGCACCACUUUUGACAGUAGGUUAGGACCAAAUUGUACUGCUUUGUGAAAAUUGUCCUACAAUAAAUCACACCAUCUAGGCUGUGUGUCACCAUGAAAUAUAUCUUCUAAAUUGGAAUAUACUCACAAAACGUCUCCUGAGAUAUAAAGGUCAUUAAUACUGCAGUUAAGUUAGAUUCCAAGUUAGAAGCGCAGCAGUGGUGCACAAAAUGUCAACUCUCUGAUGUUAAAUGUUCUUUUUAUUCACUGUCGUUGUAGAGUAAGGCUGUUGAUUACUCCAUUUUAGUUUUCUUUUUUAUUUUAUUUGCUCAUGGAUUUACAUGUGGGCUGUUUGGGUAGUGGACUUAUUAGUUAACCAGCGUACAUUUUCUUUUGGGCAAGAGGAAAAGUGCCACAAUCUUGGUGCUUGCUGUUCCUGUUUCACAGGCACUUUAUUCUGAUAGAUGAUAGAUUAUUUGCUUGGCCAAACAAACAGUACACACCACUGCUCUGCGUGCAAAAUAAGGUGUAGCAAGGUGUCAUCCCAAUAACCAAAUGAUGGCUGAAGGAAGAGCGUGAAAAGGAAUUUAAUAAUCUAAUGAAACAGUCUUGAAUAACUAAAAGGAGUGCUUGUUUGUGUCAAAUCAACUUGAAUCGGACUUUUUCGCCAAAUGUAAUAUUUGAAUGUGGCACCUUAUAGUGGAAAUGCACACAUCACGAAAGAGACUAAUGUGCCGCAUUCCCUCUGUAGGGGAAUUAUUGUUGUAUGUCUGCUUUGGGCAUUGUUUCAUAUCCAUCUCUCAAAUUUCGAAGUAUGUGAUGAUGACUGUAAAAUGCUUGCAAGAAUUGUUUUGAUGUCUGAAAAGGUCAGGCCAAGUCUGCUCUUCGUCCUUUGAAAUGAUGGCAUUAUUUUGUGUUUUUACCAUUCCAAUAUUUAUUUGCUUUGUAACAGAGCCUACCUUGCUUCCGAAUGUAACUUUUUAUCAAAACAGACUAUUGUGGAUAAUGCAGUGCUAUGAGUUUACAUGAUUGUUAAUUUUAAAGCAGUAACAGAUUUUUUUUUUUUUUUUUUUUUUU